CUAUCGAGAGGAGCACCGAAAGUUUUCCUGAUUGAAAGGUUUUCAUUGGCGGCGGACCCAACUGAUUGGAGGACUCGAGAUCCCUGGAAGCCAUUAGGACAUGGCGACCUGCUUUCGGAGAUCGAAGAAAUUGCGCUCUCUGUUGCAGCGAUCGGCCGUGGAUGACGCCUCUCCGUUAAUAUUAGUGGGGGGCCCUUCCCUAUCCGGUAAUAGAUGCGCUUCGUCUUUUUCCUCUUCCUCCGCAUCGCCUUCGCCCACGUCGUCAUCGUCCAGUAAAUCUCCGAAGGUGGUGAAGAAGUUUGUUGAUCGUCUUUCAGCUGUCAUUGACGCUGUCAACGAUCGCAAACUACCUCCUGAACUUCGAGGUCAGCGCAACAAUGUCAGAUCAGAAACUGAUAUUAUCAACGUUGUUGAGCAAAGAAUAUGGCAUUCCAUGGAAGAAGGACAAUUUGAAAACUUACCGGGGAAAGGCAAGCCGCUUAAGCUAGACAUGAAUCCUCAUGCAGAUCCAGCUGAAGAUACCUUGUACAGAAUCCUAUCCAAAAAUGGUUGUGCGCCGGAGUGGGUUGAGCUUAACAAAGAAAUAAGAAUUAACAUAUCUGAAUGGAGAGUGGCAUUGAAAAAAUCUUGGAUAAAUAAGUGCAGUGAUAAUCUUAAGUGGUUAGAAAGUUCUGAAGCUUUGAAAACGCAAUUACGAGACAUCAAUAAUAAGGUUUUUCGAUAUAAUCUCAUCGUCCCUUUUGGUAGGCAAAUGUUUGGCCUUAACUGGGAGAAAGAGCUUGGGCGUUUAGAAGAAUAAGGACUCCUAAUAUUUUUAGUUUAAUGUUAAGCCUUAGGCAAGUUGAUUGAUUGGGAGAAUCAAAUUUUGUUCAAUCUUGUAGGACUGUCAUGCCGAGUAAACUAUCAAUUGAAUCAACCAAGUGAAAUAUCAGUUGCCUAGCUCAAACAAUGGUUAAUUCCUUUCCUUGGCACGGCUUGGGUCGGAUGUGGAAAGAAAAACGUCUGAGAACGAUACUUCUGUUAUGGCUGUGUCUGUAGGGCUGCGGUUUGGAUGUGUACUUGUAAAAUAAAGGGACACAAAAUUUAGGAAGAAUGUGUAACAAAAACAUUCUACUAGCUGUUACGCUGUUAAAUUAUGCCUUACUGGUUCUUGGUUAAGCAAACAUUCUACCAGUUGUUACGCUGUUAAAUUAUACCUUACUAGUUCUUGGUUAAGCAAACAGGUUAAUUGUUGAAUGAUUUUAUUGUGUG